AUGACAAGUCUAUUAGACUCGGAGCGAAAAGUGGAAAUUUUAGAUGUGGAUUCGUUCCGUUCAGACCCGUCAAAUUUAACAGUGAUAUUAUAUGAAGAAGAUCAUACUAUUGGCAAUUCACUGAAACAUGUCUUGUGCAAAAUGCGAGAUGUUGAGUUCUGUGGUUACAAUGUGCCCCAUCCUUUGGAAGAUAAAAUCCUAAUCCGUUUGCAAACGAAACGUGGAGUGUCAGCAGCCAGUAUGCUUAUGAAAGGUUUUGAAGAAUUGGAAUGUAUUUUUGCUUCAAUAAGGCAAAAAUUUGAUAGCUCUUAUGCUUUAUAUACAACGAAUACUGAAGACUAG